AUGGUGGUGAUGAUUUAUCCUGCGUAUCACAGCACUUCUCUUACCUUUUGUCUCUGCUAUUUAAAGUGCUGAGGAACGGUGCCUGGGAGAUCGUGCACUGGGCCAAGGUACGUUACCGGACUACAUCCUCUUAACUUAAACGGAAAAUUCUGUAUUUUACAAUUCAGUCUUAGAUUGUUCCGCACUCUGAAAGUAGUGUAUGCACCGUUAGAGAUUGUAGGGUAAUCCAUGGAUCGGUUUUCUUUGAAUGGCCACUACAAACUUCUGCUAACUUUAGGCACAGCUAGCUGAUAAUAAAUGGCAGUGAUGGGGGCAACCAUGUAAAUAAAUACAUUAAUAACCUUUUUAAGGAUGCCUGGACCAUCUAACAUUAAUUUGUAAAAUACGGAACUUCCCCUUUAACCAACGGCAUCAGGCAAGGGUGUGAUAUUAUUCUAGGAGAGAUAUUCAUAGACAGCCACUGACAUCCCACAAGAACUGGAACAAAGAACAGAUGUUGAUGAGGAUAUGUCCACACCAGUCUCUUCCUAUCUCUCUCUCUAUAAUAAGUAGGAACCCCCCCCCUUCACACACCUCCUGUUCGCCAUUCGGCCCCUUUCAUCAGCCUGGCCUGGCCUGGCCUGGCCACUAAUUAAUCCACUGCUUCCAUGUGGACAGAGAGCGUUAAGAAAAGGAAGGCUAUGCCCGAGGACAUAACAGACAGAGAGAGAGAGAGCAGCUUUUAAUCCAGUGGUCAUAAAACACCCCACUUAAUUACCGUGUCAGAAAUGGUCCGCCCACAACAAUCAGGUGCAAAAAUGUGUGUGAGGCAGUAGAAGACGUUAAGAAAUGAUUCACCGUUGCCUCUUGUUCCACUCUGAGAAUGCAUGGUUUUAGUGGCCCGGGUAAAUAUAUUGUAAUUUCAAACCGGGAGAGGUUUGUUGCAUAUUUUUUUACCAUUACUGUGAGAAAUUGCCUCUGAAAUUGGGGAAGCCAAACACUUAAUGAUAAACCCCAGAGGGUACAGAACAAGGUGAAUUACUGAUCUAGAUAGUAUAUUCAUGCUUAUGGGAAGAUCUCAUUCUGACAUUAUUGGCAGAAACGAGGAGUUUGCCAGGGUAUGAAAUGCAAAUGCACGUCUGUGCCCUCUAGCUUUUAUGGUUCCUCACAGAAAAAAAAGAUGUAAUCGUUUUCAUUAGGGCACACCUUAACAGAAAAUGAAAACCAGUCUAGGUGUAGUCCCUUCCUGUUUCAUGCCACAUUCUUCCGUUUGUCGCCUAAUAAAGACGACCCAGGUAUUCUACCUGGUUGACCAACCCUGGAAAGAAGAACCAUAACAAGCCUUUCCCUGACUGUCUUAUUUAUUCCCAUGUUUAUAAUUUCCAUGACUUCCAGGCAGGCAGUGGUCUCUAUCCAUCAGUAACCAGUGUGUUUCUUCCAGGCAGUGGUCUCUAUCCACCAGUAACCAGUGUGUUUCUUCCAGGCAGUGGUCUCUAUCCAUCAGGAACCAGUGUGUUUCUUCCAGGCAGUGGUCUCUAUCUAUCAGGAACCAGUGUGUUUCUUCCAGGCAGUGGUCUCUAUCCAUCAGGAACCAGUGUGUUUCUUCCAGGCAGUGGUCUCUAUCCAUCAGGAACCAGUGUGUUUCUUCCAGGCGGUGGUCUCUAUCCACCAGUAACCAGUGUGUUUCUUCCAGGCAGUGGUCUCUAUCCAUCAGGAACCAGUGUGUUUCUUCCAGGCGGUGGUCUCUAUCCAUCAGAAACCAGUGUGUUUCUUCCAGGCAGUGGUCUCUAUCCAUCAGGAACCAGUGUGUUUCUUCCAGGCAGUGGUCUCUAUCUAUCAGGAACCAGUGUGUUUCUUCCAGGCAGUGGUCUCUAUCCAUCAGGAACCAGUGUGUUUCUUCCAGGCGGUGGUCUCUAUCCACCAGUAACCAGUGUGUUUCUUCCAGGCGGUGGUCUCUAUCCAUCAGGAACCAGUGUGUUUCUUCCAGGCAGUGGUCUCUAUCCAUCAGGAACCAGUGUGUUUCUUCCAGGUGGUGGUCUCUAUCCACCAGUAACCAGUGUGUUUCUUCCAGGCAAUGGUGGGAGAUAUAAUUCGAGUAGGAUGCUCAGAUUACAUACCUGCGGACUCUAUCCUACUGUCAUCCAGGUAGAAGUCUGUGGGUUCACCUACCUGUUCCUGCCAGACCCUGAGGACAUCUCCUCCUCCUCCUCUGUUCUCUCGCUCCCUCCCUCCCUCUCUCUGUCAGCUCUCCCAAGGAAGUGAUGAUUGAUUCCAAAUAAGAGAAGACAUUUUAAGUGCCUCGAUUUAAAACGUAGGCCUACUAUCAAGGCAGGUUAUGUGCCUGCUACAUUUUUAAUGUUGUUCUUCAUGCCUUUGUGAAGAUCCAAGGCUGCUACUGCUAUUGAUAAGAGAGUUUAAAAGACUGAGAAACAGUAUUGCAUUGUGGGAAUUAUCACUUCCUUCUAACAUGUCUUCAGCUCCUUUCCUCCUUCACCUUUUCAAACUUCAUUUGGACCAGGUCUUAAUUCGGGCCCUGCCUCGGUUUACUGUCUGAUAUGUCCUCUGUUACCUAUUACCCAAACUUUGAAAAAGCUGAAACAAUGCAACAGACCUACAUGCUGUACUGAAUCAAUAUAGCACAGACCUACAUGAUGUACUGAAUCCAUAUAGCACAGACCUACAUGCUGUACUGAAUACAUACAGUUGAAGUCGGAAGUUUACAUACACUUAGGUUGGAGUCAUUAAAACUCGUUUUUCAACCACUCCACAAAUUUCUUUUUAACAAACUAUAGUUUUGCCAAGUCGGUUAGGACAUCUACUUUGUGCAUGACACAAGUAAUUUUUCCAACAAUUGUUUACAGACAGAUUAUUUCACUUAUAAUUCACUGUAUCACAAUUCCAGUGGGUCGGAAGUUUACAUAAGCUAAGUGCCUUUAAACAGCUUGGAAAAUUCCAGAAAAUUAUGUCAUGGCUUUAGAAGCUUCUGAUAGGCUAAUUGACAUCAUUUGAGUCAAUUGGAGGUGUACCUGUGGAUGUAUUUCAAGGCCUACCUUCAAACUCAGUGUCUCUAUGCUUGACAUCAUGGGAAAAUCCAAAGAAAUCAGCCAAGACCUCAGAAAAGAAAUUGUAGACCUCCACAAGUCUGGUUCAUCCUUGGGAGCAAUUUCCAAACGCCUGAAGGUACCACGUUCAUCUGUACAAACAAUAGUAGGCAAGUAUAAACACUAUGGGACCACGCAGCCAUCAUACCGUUUAGGAAGGAGACUCGUUCUGUCUCCUAGAGAUGAACGUACUUUGGUGCGAAAAGUGCAAAUCAAUCCCAGAACAACAGCAAAGGACCUUGUGAAGAUGCUGGAGGAAACAGGUACAAAAGUAUUUGUAUCCACAGUAAAACGAGUCAAAUAUCGACAUAACCUGAAAGACCUCUCAGCAAGGAAGAAGCCACUGCUCCAAAACCGCCAUAAAAAAGCCAGACUACGGUUUGCAACUGCACAUGGGGACAAAGAUUGUACUUUUUGGAGAAAUGUCCUCUGGUCUGAUGAAACAAAAAUAGAACUGUUUGGCCAUAAUGACCAUCGUUAUGUUUGGAGGAAAAAGGGGAGGCUUGCAAGCCGAAGAACACCAUCCUAACCGUGAAGAACGGGGGUGGCAGCAUCAUGCUGUGGGGGUGCUUUGCUGCAGGAGGGACUGGUGCACUUCACAAAAUAGAUGGCAUCAUGAGGAAGGAAAAUGAUGUGGAUAUAUUGAAGCAACAUCUCAAGACAUCAGUCAGGAAGUUAAAGCUUGGUCGCAAAUGGGUCUUCCAAAUGGACAAUGACCCCAAGCAUACUUCCAAAGUUGUGGCAAAAUGGCUUAAGGACAACAAAGUCAAGGUAUUGGAGUGGCCAUCACAAAGCCCUGACCUCAAUCCUAUAGAAAAUGUGUUGGCAGAACUGAAAAAGCGUGUGCGAGCAAGGAGGCCUACAAACCUGACUCAGUUACACCAGCUCUGUCAGGAGGAAUGGGCCAAAAUUCACCCAACUUAUUGUGGGAAGCUUGUGGAAGGCUACCCAAAACGUUUGAUCCAAGUUAAACAAUUUAAAGGCAAUGCUACCAAAUACUAAUUGAGUGUAUGUAAACUUCUGAGCCACUGGGAAUGUGAUGAAAUAAAUAAAAGCUUAAAUAAAUCAUUCUCUCUACUAUUAUUCUGACAUUUCACAUUCUUAAAAUAAAGUGGUGAUCCUAACUGACCUAAGACAUGGCAUUUUUACUAGGAUUAAAUGUCAGGAAUUGUGAAAAACUGAGUUUAAAUGUAUUUGGCUAAGGUGUAUGUAAACUUCAGACUUCAACUGUAUAGCACAGACCUACAUUCUGUACUGAAUCCAUAUAGCACAGACCUACAUGCUGUACUGAAUACAUAUAGCACAGACCUACAUUCUGUACUGAAUACAUAUAGCACAGACCUACAUGCUGUACUGAAUCCAUAUAACACAGACCUACAUGCUGUACUGAAUCCAUAUAACACAGACCUACAUGCUGUACUGAAUACAUAUAGCACAGACCUACAUUCUGUACUGAAUACAUAUAGCACAGACCUACAUGCUGUACUGAAUACAUAUAGCACAGACCUACAUUCUGUACUGAAUACAUAUAGCACAGACCUACAUGCUGUACUGAAUCCAUAUAACACAGACCUACAUGCUGUACUGAAUCCAUAUAGCACAGACCUACAUGCUGUACUGAAUACAUAUAGCACAGACCUACAUUCUGUACUGAAUACAUAUAGCACAGACCUACAUGCUGUACUGAAUACAUAUAGCACAGACCUACAUGCUGUACUGAAUCCAUAUAACACAGACCUACAUGCUGUACUGAAUCCAUAUAACACAGACCUACAUGCUGUACUGAAUACAUAUAGCACAGACCUACAUGCUGUACUGAAUCCAUAUAACACAGACCUACAUGCUGUACUGAAUCCAUAUAGCACAGACCUACAUGCUGUACUGAAUCCAUAUAACACAGACCUACAUGCUGUACUGAAUCCAUAUAACACAGACCUACAUGCUGUACUGAAUCCAUAUAACACAGACCUACAUGCUGUACUGAAUACAUAUAGCACAGACCUACAUGCUGUACUGAAUCCAUAUAACACAGACCUACAUGCUGUACUGAAUACAUAUAGCACAGACCUACAUGCUGUACUGAAUACAUAUAGCACAGACCUACAUUCUGUACUGAAUACAUAUAGCACAGACCUACAUGCUGUACUGAAUCCAUAUAGCACAGACCUACAUGCUGUACUGAAUCCAUAUAGCACAGACCUACAUGCUGUACUGAAUACAUAUAGCACAGACCUACAUUCUGUACUGAAUACAUAUAGCACAGACCUACAUGCUGUACUGAAUCCAUAUAGCACAGACCUACAUGCUGUACUGAAUACAUAUAGCACAGACCUACAUUCUGUACUGAAUACAUAUAGCACAGACCUACAUGCUGUACUGAAUCCAUAUAACACAGACCUACAUGCUGUACUGAAUCCAUAUAACACAGACCUACAUGCUGUACUGAAUCCAUAUAGCACAGACCUACAUUCUGUACUGAAUCCAUAUAACACAGACCUACUAGCUGUACUGAAUCCAUAUAGCUCACUGUUUUGUAUUUUUGCACAGCAGCGAUUUAUUUGCACAUAAUCCAGACCUCAUCUAAAAUCUAAUUAAAUUGUUAUUACUCUCGCCCUAUGAUUUAUAUUGAGUAAAUUGGGUUAUUGUAUUUGCAUAGUACAGUAUAUGGGGACCAUAAAUGACUUAAUAUAGUUUUUAAUAACCUUGUCCAAAUGGCUUUUGAAACCAGCUUAUACCAAACCCUCUGGACGUGCAAGGGUUAAACUAUGUCCUUAUUCUUCCAUAAAAUUAAACCGUUCUCUUUCCCCUCCCUUGUUUUGGUGUUUGUUUGUACUCUACCUCCUCCCCUUCUUCUCUCCCUAAUGUCCUUCCCCUGGAUGCCCCUGCUCUCUCUGGCCCCUCCUGGUGCUUGCUGGGUAAUAUCAGGUGGGCGUUGGGGAGGUAGUGAAAGCGGCCAACGGGGAUCACCUCCCGGCCGACAUCGUCAUUCUGUCUUCCAGGUCAGGAACCGAACCGCACUGCCGAGCAUGGGGGUGGGGGUGGGAGCAUGGGAAGAGGAGCAUAGCAUACAAGGCAACUACAGGUCAGGACGUUUUGUCUUGCACUGACAACAUUAAUGAUGCAUAUUGGAUUUGACAUUCUAAGGCAGGAAGGGAAAGCUCUGGUUAUGUUGGUAAAGCCAGAGAUUAAGGUCAAUAGGUCAGCGAACACAUUGUUCGCAUCUAGGCACAGUCAGAUGCCUUAGUCAUUUUGAUCAUGUUAACAAUAAAUGUUUUUAUGGCUUGAGAAUAUAGCGAGACAAGACAUAAAUUAUUGUAUUGAUCUUUAAGACCUGUAUCCAAACUGUUAUUCAUCAAGCAAACAUGGAAAGUGUUUCAGUUACAGUUUUCUUAGUGUGCCACCACAGAAAAGCAUGCUUUAGUUUGAGACAAGAUCAUAAGUUUGGGUGUGAGCUGUGAACGGGUUUCCAUGUUCCUAACUGUGCAUGGCUCUAGAAGUCCACCCUAAAAACUACUGUAGACUUUGCUGUUUGACAUGAAACGUUGGAUGCUGGGACCUUAGAAAUCGUGACAUUUCUAUGGCUGUGACAUUACAACAUUUUAAUUAAUCUUUGCAUAAUAACAUACUGUAGAAUGCUUACAACAAUGUAUCUAUUUUAAUCAAGUAGAUAUUUUGAAUAUUUCAUUAAUACUAAAUAUUCAUGAACACUCCAACAGUGUUGUUGAUGCACUGGUUCCAUCUUGUCGACAGGAUAUUUGAAGCAUGACUGACUGGUUUUAGAACAUCCCUGCAGAGCAAAUGCCUGUCGUCAGGAAUCCAAAGCCCUUAUUGCUCACCCAAUGACUCAAAACAGCUGAAACUAAAACCUCAUUGAUUGAGGUUAGGGUUCGAGUUGGUCAAAACCCUUUUGGGUUUUCUCCUUCCUCCCCUGUGUUUGGAUGGGCCCUCGUCAUGCAUCAAUCACCCUGUUAAAAGAGUGGCUAACCAGCGACCCACCUCACCUUAAAGCUCCAGCACGCUCUAUAACUCUGUCCCCGUGCCCAGUGUCUGUCAGAGCCCCAUUUGUUCUGCUGUGGUUCUAGUGCUCGCUCGGCAUGCCUGCUCCCUCUCUCUCUUUGAAAGUCGACUGAGUUCAAGGGCAGCUGCAAACAAAGAUGUUAGCCUUGCCUGUGCCGGUUUUCCAGGACUUCAGGCUGUCAUAAAAUGAGACGUUUUUGGCUGUAUUAGUUCAAAUCAACUUGGUAUCAGAAAACUUUGCAGCAUCUUUGUUUGUAAGCGCCUUGAUUUAAAUAGUUGAAAGAGUCCUCCCUAUCCUCGAUAAAAAAUAAUAAUUAAAUAAAUGAAUGAGUCUGUUUUGAUUAUUAUACAGAAUUAACUGUUAUCUUAAGUUCUCCAGGUCCAAUGUUCAAUUUGAUGCUUUUUACGUCCCCUUUAAACAAGUGAGCCCCAAGGCAUGUGCUACAUUGAGACAUCAAACUUGGAUGGAGAAACAAACCUCAAAAUCCGACAGGUGAUUAUUUCUGUCUCCUACAUUUUCCUUUGCUCUAUCUCUAUCUCCUUGGAAAUAGGAAACUUGGAACUAUUGAACUGAAACUCAUACAGGGAUGACUUUUGGUCAGCCUUACAGGAGUUUCCCAGAUGAGAUGUUCUGAUAUUUCUUCUGAUAUUUCAGAAAGCACAUGAACCAAUUUUAACUCUGUCCAAUACGAAAGUGAAAUGCAAUCUCAAUGUAGGCUGUCCCCUUUAUUGACUUCAUUGAAAUAUAAUUGGUACCUGGAAUCUAUGUAACCUGUGUGUGUGUGUGUGUGUGUGUGUGUGUGUGUGUGUGUGUGUGCGCGUGCAUGAACAUAGGGACUGCAAAUCACCUCGGAGAUCAAGGACAUCGACAGCCUGAUGCGUCUCUCCGGGCGCAUGGAGUGCGAGAGCCCCAAUCGCCAUCUCUAUGAGUUUGUGGGGAACAUCCGUCUUGAUGGACACAGGUGGGACACAACACACCGCUCCACUUCUGGAGCUCUGCCUUUUUCAACCAGCUAGCAGCCUUUCCAUCUCAUAGGGCCGUUAGGAGUUGGACCAGCACAGUGAAUCGUGUGGGGUUGUGGCUAAUUGAACGUUUCUAUGGAGUAAAGAGAAGAUUAGAAGCACCUGCUUAGUGUUAAUGUGUUUGUUUGGGGGCUUUGCCAAUCCAUAGUAAUAAUAUGAACAUGAUGUCAGUCAUCUGAAAUACAGACUUGCAUCUCAAUCCUGAGGUAGAACAAAGACCCUGAAAACUGAAACUGUAAGAAAUUAGGACUUCUGUUCCCUCCUUACUCAGUGGUAGUGUCACUGUAGCAGUAAGCGCAACCAUGGAUUUGAGUUCCGUAGUUUCUCAAGCUCCUUCACACUAUUCCUGUGCUGGAGACUCAUGGACACUUCUGUUUGUGACUCCAGCACCGUGCCUCUGGGUCCGGACCAGAUUCUGCUGCGAGGUGCCCAGCUGAGGAACACCCAGUGGGUCCAUGGCGUCGUGGUCUACACUGGACACGACACAAAGCUCAUGCAGGUGAAGCCCUCUGCUGGUCCACAUGUACAUUUGUCAUUUAGCAGACACUCUUAUCCAGAGCCACUUAGGUGGGUAAGAAAUCCACAUAUCAGUCAUUUUUGGGGGGGUUUUGUAUUAUAAAUUGUAUUACUUAUGUCUGUCACUUUUGUCCAGAAUUCCACACAGCCGCCUCUGAAGCUGUCCAACGUGGAGCGCAUCACAAACUUCCAAAUUCUACUGCUGUUCGGCUGUCUACUGGCCAUCUCUCUGGUGUGCUCCAUCGGACAAACCAUCUGGAAGUAUCAGUACGGCAAUGCAGCCUGGUACAUGGACUUGAACUGUAAGAGCACAAACGCCAGAUAUAGUCCACAUAUUGUGUCUGCUUAGUUCUGUUGUAUUUUGAGUUACCUUUUGUUAAUGUCAGUGUGUCCUUGUUUCUUUAAAGUAUAUGUAUUUGCAACACAAGUCAAAUAUGUGGCGAUGGGGAAUGAUGGUAUUCCCAUGUAAACAUAACUGAUUGUGACAUGCAUAGAUGUGAAUGAAAGGAAUGGUUGAAUAUCAGUGCGCUGCUGUACAUUUUGGUUCAUUUCUAAUGUUCUGUUUUGGUUCUUUGUUUUUCUUUGUUGUUGUUUUUUAACAGCUCCAGGUAACAACCAUUUAAAAGCUUUGGCCAAUCCGUGAAUGACCCUUCCAUACUAACACCCUAACUGAAGCUCUGCCUUUGCUAAGCUCCCUCUAUGUGGUUGUCCUACUUUGUAAGGGCCCCCUUGCCAUGGACAGCACAGGCCAGGGAUCCGACGAUAGGUUUUCCCCUCCAGCUCUUACGCUCUACUCUUCAGUUCCUUUUAGUGCCUGAUCCACACAAUGUUUCUCCCUUUCUCCUCCAUUCUUGUGUGAUGCGUUAAACUCUUUGCAAACCCAGGCCUCAGAUCCAGCCCCCCUUUUUUGUGUGCCUUUUUACCACAAAUGGACCACGAGUCAUGAAACUUCACUUCUGCUCUUUGUCCUGUGAGAGCCAGAGAUGAGAUUGCGCUCAGGAAGCUCUUGGUAGGCAGGAGGCUUCUGUAUGUAGCUGAACAUGGAUGCUGCAGUACAACCCUGGGGUUACCGGUGACAUUUUCUAAAUGUCUCCCUCCCUCUUUCCCUCCGUCCCUCCGCUGCCAGUGUUUAUUCUUAUAAAGCAAAACAGAGAGAGAAGGAGUGAUUCAAAAUCUAUUUCAGCACAAGAUAGAUUUUCACAUCCACUCUGAGACAUGUUUUUCAAUUAAAGCCAGUGUUAGACUAACUACUAUUGACAGAAUAAAAGCCACAGGUAAUAGAACCUUACAGCCUCAGGAGUAGAAUAAUGAAGGUUAGGUCUGUGGCUACUUGAAAAGUGCUUUAGGAUUAUUAUUUUUCUUCCUCAUUGCAAAAUAUGGCCUUUUUUUCAAUGAGUCUGUGAGCCUCGUUUUGCAAACUGAUUAACUUGUCACUACAGCCAUUACUCUAUUCAACUAGGCCUAUGUUAGGAGAGGUUGUGUCCUUAUCAAUUUCAUGCUUGUUUUAUGACAUACACUCUCCCCUCAGUCUCAGAACAUUGUCUUGGAUUGGCUCGAUCUCCAGGGGUUUCACUGCUCUUGUUUGUAGCUUUGAAACUUCCACCUAAAAGACCCCAUCCUGUGGGGCGGAGCAGAGAGUGGUGUACAAAUGAGGGUGAUGUGAGUCAUAAAGCAGGCGUCCAUCUUGAGACUGACUGUUUUCCUUUUAGGGACGGAGGGACUCAGUCCACUGAAGAUUUUUCCGACCUGUGUCAAAAGAGAGAGGUGGUGAAUUCAUCACGCCAUAUUAACUUUCACUGUAGCAUUUACAUACUGCGUACCCAAAUUAUUGGACUGUAAUUGCACAUUGAGACAUGUCAACACAAUCUCUAGUCAGGUGAAGACCACAAUGUCGAGAUGAAUGGACUGACAGUGCAUGCUGGUCAGUGGGGAGAGAAGCUGGAUCACCGCACUUCAAACCACAUACUGUACGUUCCCCAUAUGUCGGAGAGGGCACGAUAAUGAUUAUGCGCACACGAUAAAUAAUGAAUUUGACAUUGACGCAGCCUACACUGCUGACAUCCGAACUGGCAUGGUUCACAGUCUAUAGAUCUUAACAACCUUUAUGCAGAUAAAGUGUUAUGCAUUCACACCACCUGCUACACAUCACUGUCGGUUAAAUCCCCGUCCACUAAAAAGCAGGUAGCUUGUUUUCUCGGAUUGUGUCGGUUUCUGCUGACUGCCCACUGCUUAAAGAGCUUACCCCGCACUGCACCCGUUAACUCAUCAUAGCGCAGUGUGGGUUUUUGCUGUCCCCUAAAAGUUAGCCGACAGUUGUGGCUGCUCAUUGCGCUGCUAUAGUAGAAAGUUAUAGUAGAGGAGAUAGGCUGGGUUUACCUCUGGAUACACAUGCUCUGAAAUGGAAGCAAAUACUGACGCAAAAUCACAUAUUACAGGACUUUUACUACAAUCUACCACAGAUAUAGUCAGACAUAAGGGGGGGGGGAGGAUGGUGCGUGUCUUGGUUUGUUGUGAUUGACUUGCUCAUGGCUGCAACUUAAUCUGAUCCCAACCUUAUUUUACCCCUCUGAGAAUACACCAGUUAAUGUGUAACAAGGUGACCUCACAAACAUCAGAGAAAAUAGUUACUUGCAGGCCAAUCACACUGCUCAAUGUUGAUCUCUAAAUCCAUCCUGCUCUUUUACACUUGUUGGUUGAGACAGGAAUGUGCUUUGGACUGAAUCCCUCUCCUUUUGUCUUGAGACAUCCAACACGUGUGUCUUCUUCCCCACCUCCCUCCCUCCCUCCUCUCCUCUCCUCUCCUCUCUGUGUGCUGUCCUUCCAAUAGCAGUAGCUUCCAUUUUCAACCCCGUCUUUUGUAUUAUUCUGUCUUUAAAUCAACUGCUAAACUAAAGGGAAACGCUUGGGUUGAGGAAAGUUUCUCUUGCGACUCCUGCAAGCUGAGGAAAGGUAAUUCACAUCACUAAUGUUUUUGUGUGAGCUACUACGCUGUCAGUGGGGUUGUAUGUCUCCCUUUUGGUGUUUUUGAUUGUUUCAUCAUGGAUCGGGUGAAAGAGAAUCCAUAAAUCCUCACAGUGAGUUGUGGAAUUCAUUGCCUGGAUCAUGCUGGAUGCCAAGGCUGCUGCUAUAUGACAUUAAUUAUUCUACUCUAGAUCAAUCCCAGUUCUGUAGCCAUAAUUAUGGGACCUUAAUUGGAGUGAAUAUCAAUUUCAGUGGCGAGAGGAUGAGGUGGGGUGGAAGAGAUGGGUAUUAAAUCUCACCUAAUGCACAACAUUGAUACAACAUUGAUACAACAUUGUACCACUGCGUUGUGAAAAUGUUGAGCAUUAGAACUUUGGGAACUAUGCUUUUUCCCGAUGGUUUUGGGUGGGAUUCAAUACUGACAAAAAUCUUGUCUAUUGCUCCUCUCUCCCCCCCAAUCUUGCCUUCCCCCUGACAGAUGGGGGCGCCGCAAACUUUGGACUCAACUUCCUCACCUUCAUCAUCCUCUUCAACAACCUGAUCCCCAUCAGUCUGCUGGUGACUCUGGAGGUCAUCAAGUUCACCCAGGCCUUCUUCAUCAACUGGGUGAGAGAAGACACGGGAUUUGGAGCCCCGUGGUUAUCACUGACAGGGGUCGGGGUCAAUUCCAUGUACCCACAACCCUGUUAAUGUCUCAUCAUAUAGCUCUGACCCCAAUUCAAUUGUCUCAUGCAUGGCACACAGGUCUGUUGCCGUCUAGUCACUUGAUGUGAAAGUUGAAAUGUUUGAAGUUGGUGUUGUCUCAUAAGAUUCUAUCUGAUUAUUUCAGGAUACAGACAUGCUCUAUGAGCCCACUAACACCCCAGCCGUGGCUCGCACUUCCAACCUGAAUGAAGAACUAGGACAGGUAAUGCUGCUUGUUCAACAUUUUAUCUAUUACAUUUAAUUCCUUAAUUAUAUCCACCUUCACCUGCACAUAGUAGUUGCACCAAAUACACAUUUUGUUUCCAACGUUGACAAAACAUUUAUUCUAGUCACCCAUGAAUUGUUGCCGGUUACCAUUUGAAGUGAAACAGUUGUGCAGUCUGAUCUUAUUCCAUUACUGAUUUAAAUGGAGCGCCACGUGGCUCAACGUUCCUGUCUCUGGUGUGUCUCUGGUUGACACUAAGCAAUGAUUGGCUGUCUUGGGUCGACACUGAGCAAUGAUUGGCUGUCUCACUCUUGUCACGUUCUUGUCACAGGUGAAAUACAUCUUCUCCGACAAGACGGGGACUCUGACCUGCAACGUGAUGCAGUUUAAGAAGUGCACCGUCGCCGGCGUGGCCUAUGGGUAAGCCUCGCCUCGCCUCCACUCACCCUCGCUUGUUUACCUCCCCCCUCCCUCCUCUCUCCUCCAUCCCUCCUCUCUCCCUCCUCUCUCCCCCCUCCCUCCUCUCUCCUCCAUCCCUCCUCUCUCCUCCAUCCCUCCUCUCUCCCCAUCACCUUCAUCAAGUGAAGUGUGUACUGUGGUGUACAGCGGUACAUCUGGCGCUCCUUGUCCUCUCCCCAGCCGCCUCAUUAGCAGCUGCAUCAGUGCGUCCCUCCCUUCGACGCAGACAUUAAAUAACAGGGCGGACCAACGUUUGCACGCAAAGGAUUUUUUUGUUGUUGCUACUGUCCCAUGGAUCACAUCUGUUCAACGUAUACCACCUCUGGGAUAGCCUAGACCAGGGGUGUCAAACUCAUUUUAGCUCAGGGGCCACAUGGAGGAAAAUCUAUUCCCAAGUGGGCCGGACCGGAAAAAUCAUGGUAUAUAUAACUUAAAAACAACAACUUCAGAUUGUUUUCUUUGUUUUAAUACGAUCAACAUACAACAUAAAGCUGGAGCCUGAGGACAGUGUGUCCAAAAUAGUACAAGCACAACAUCACUAUUAAUCAUAAAACGUUUUUCAAAAGUUUAUUUGAAAAUUCUAAAGAGAAAGAACACACAAACACACAAUGCCUCAGUGAUUAACAGAAGUAUAUCACAGAUCACAGAACUAUAUCAGGGUGUCAUUUCUCAGGCAGAAAUGUAGAUACAAAUAAUGAAAUCCUGUUCCCCAAACAAGUGCAAGAACCACAAAGUCAAGAAUAGGUUAAAUAUACAAAUAAAAUCAAUUAAAAACAAUAGCACAUCAACAUAAAAACAUAAACAUCAAUCUGAAAGCGUUGCUCAAACUCCCGUAACAGUCCCGUUAUUUUAUCUUUGAACCGCUUCAUGUCUGCCACAUGUUGGGUCGCGCACACAUUUUUCAGACAGGGGAAGUGAGCUGCAUCACCACCGGCAAGUUGCGUCUCCCACAAUGACAGCUUCAACUUGAAAGAACGUAUGCGGUCAUAAUACUGCGUGACAACUUUGUUGCGCCCUUGCAGCUGUUUGUUCAAGUUAUUCAGGUGCUCUGUAACAUCCACCAUAAAUGCAAGGUCCUGCAUCCAUUCUGCGGAAUGAAAUUCUAACACUGGUUUGCCCUUUUCUUCCAUGAACUGUUCAAUUUCUUCUCGUAAAUCAAAGAAACGCCUCAGCACAGCACCUCGGCUUAACCAUCUUACCUCAGUGUGGUAUGGCAGGCCAUAGAUGUGGUCUUUCUCUCUGAGAAGGCUGUCAAACUGACGGUGAUUCAGGCUUCUGGAUCGGAUGAAAUUAACAGUUUGGAUGACCACCUUCAUGACGUUAUCCAUCUUUAAUGACUUGCAACACAAAGCCUCCUGGUGCAAAAUACAGUGAAAAGUCAAAAAAUCACGUCCUCCAUUUGCAGAUUGCACUUUCUCUCUGAACUUUGUCACAACGCCUGCUUUUUUCCCGAUCAUUGAGGGCGCACCAUCCGUAGCCAGGCUGACAGCGCGGGACCAGUCCACUCCGACCCUGUCCAGCGCGCUGACGAGUGCGGUAAAAAUAUCAGCUGCUGUCGUUGUAUCUGUCAUCGGCACCAACUCCACGAACUCCUCGGUGACGGUCAAUGUGUCAUCAACUCCGCGGAUGAAAAUGGCCAGUUGUGCAACAUCUGUAAUGUCUGUGCUUUCAUCAAUUGCAACCGAAAACGCAAUAAAUGACUUUACUUUUUGCUUCAACUGGCUGUCCAAAUCCACUGAAAGAUCGGAAAUCCUGUCUGCAACUGUGUUUCUUGUCAGGCUGAUAUUUGCAAAAGCCUGCCGCUUUUCAGGGCACACAAUCUCCGCUGCCUUCAUCAUGCAUGUUUUUACAAAUUCACCCUCACUAAAUGGUUUUGAAGCCACUGCGAUUUCAUUAGCAAUGAGGUAGCUAGCUUUCACUGCAGCGUCACUGAUGUCUCGGCUGUGAGUAAACACAGACUGCUGUUUCUUCAGACCCGCCAACAGUUCAUUCACCUUCUCUCAUCUCCGCUGUCCUUGAAAGUUGUCAUAUUUGUCGGCAUGAAGACUCACAUAGUGGCGACGAAGGUUAUAUUCUUUCAGCACUGCAACAUGCUCUGAACACACCAAACAUACAGCUUUCCCAUUCAAUUCCGUGAAUAAAUAGGAUGACCAUUUUUCUUGGAACACUCUGCACUCUGCGUCCACUUUUCUCUUUUUUGACAGAGACAUAUUGGGGCAAUGAGGGUGCCAAAGCACAUAAUGUUAAAAGUAGAAGCCGUAAUAAAUAUUGCGGGCAAAACAAAGUAGCUCAUUGGCUGCACGUGCUUGACCUACUUGCUCUGCCCCGGUAUAAACAGUUUGCUUGCUUAACACAAUUGCUAUUGCGCCAUCCAGUGGACGCAAUUGGAACAGCAGUUUAUUUUAUUGAAAAAUUGCAGCGCAUUUUUAUACUUUACAAAGAAAUUAAAAAUAAAAAAUCUUUUUUUUUUUUUUUUAUCAUCUCGCGGGGCGGAUUAAACCCGUUUGCGGGCCUGAUCCGGCCCGCGGGCCGUACGUUUGACACCCCUGGCCUAGACUGUAUAGUUAGUUGAGUCUACAAAAACUCAUGUAAUGUUGUAACAGAGCGCUUUAAUCUCAGCUCGUCUUUUUAUAUGACAUGGUCUUACACUGCAGGAGGGGUUGUCCUGUUAGUCCAUAAUGCAUUUGUUAUGUGAAUAUGCUAUCAGUUCCCUUCUGCACUUUGAAAAUGACACACAUUGCUUAGUGUGAUACAGGCGGCUAAGAAGCUCCCAGGAAACUGUGGGUGCGUCCCAAAUGGCACCCCAUUCCAUAUAGUGCACUACUUUUGACCAGAGCCUUAUGAGUCUUGGUCCAAAGUAGUGCACUAUAAAGGGAAUAGGGUGCAGACUGUGAGUAUCUCGGCAGAGCGUGACAGUAUGUGAUUAAUUCAAUUAAAAACAUGAUUGAUGAAGUGCAGGGUGGGGGACAAGAAAGCCUGUUUCAUCUCCAGUGCCACUGGUGAAGCUCUCUGACCUGCGUGCUAGAGAAAGAUAAGUUGAAAAGGAGUAGUUGGCACACCUUUCUAGCCAAGGUUCAGGUUGGCACACCUUUCUAGCCAAGGUUCAGGUUGGCACACCUUUCUAGCCAAGGUUCAGGGUAUCACACCUUUCUAGCCAAGGUUCAGGGUAUCACACCUUUCUAGCCAAGGUUCAGGGUAUCACACCUUUCUAGCCAAGGUUCAGGUUGGCACACCUUUCUAGCCAAGGUUCAGGGUAUCACACCUUUCUAGCCAAGGUUCAGGUUGGCACACCUUUCUAGCCAAGGUUCAGGUUGGCAUACCUUUCUAGCCAAGGUUCAGGUUGGCAUACCUUUCUAGCCAAGGUUCAGGGUAUCACACCUUUCUAGCCAAGGUUCAGGUGCAUGGAGGAAAAAAAAAACACAUUAAUCAAAGUGUUCAAGAAUAUCAGUUUCUUCUUUUUUUCAAAGCUAGAGAAGCAUGCCAUAAACACGUUGACAAUAGGAUUCUGAUAUGUAUCCCUGAAUCGAGCGGGUGAAAUUGAUACGUUAGAAUGUGAUCAAUGCAUAGUGUGCUGUACUGUGUAACCAUCUCUGCUGUAAUCUACCCAUUUAACCACUAACCUGUCAGUCAUAAUCCCAUUUAGAACAUUCUCUUACGGUCUCCUUUAACCGUUGAGUUUCUUGUGACCAUCAUGGAGAAAGGGGCUCUGCUACAGUGACAAGGUCUUAGCCUGGUCCUGGAUCUGCUUGUGCUGUCUUGCCAACUCCUAUGGUCAUUUGGCAUGACUACACGAACAUCUAGGAUCAGGUUUAGGAAGCUGUCUGCCAUUGCAGACCUAUAGCUGAAAAUCUGUCAGAUGUCUUGCCUUCAACCAGUAUCCAGAUAGAUAUUUACCUUUCAGUCUCUCAAAAAGCAGGGCACAAGUGAAAGAGGCUCCUCAGUCACAUCACUCGUGGAUAUGGAUGUGUGCUUUCAUCAGAGGAGCCCAGAGUUAUUGUGUUGAUCCGAUCCCUCUGUGCUCCCCUCCUCUCAGCCGCUCCCACGACUGUCUGCUAAGCUUCACGUUCUCCCUCCCAGGCGGUCUGUAGGAGGCUUGAUGAUGGUUACAUUUUGAUCCACAAACAUCAUUUUAGAUGAUGCGAUCUCUAUUGCACUCCACACUGCCCUUUCCCACCUGGACAAGAGGAACACCUACGUGAGAAUGCUAUUCAUUGACUACAGCUCAGCGUUCAACACCAUAUUGCCCUCAAAGCUCAUCACUAAGCUAAGGACCCUGGGACUAAACACCUCCCUCUGCAACUGGAUCCUGGACUUCCUGACGGGCCGCCCCCAGGUGGUAAGGGUAGGUAACGACACAUCUGUCACGCUGAUCCUCAACACGGGGGCCCCUCAGGGGUGCGUGCUCAGUCCCCUCCUGUACUCCCUGUUCACCCAUGACUGCAUGGCCAGGCACGACUCCAUUACCAUCAUUAAGUUUGCCGACGACACAACAGUGGUAGGCCUGAUCACCGACAACGAUGAGACAGCCUAUAGGGAGGAGGUCAGAGACCUGGCUGUGUGGUGCCAGGAUAACAACCUCUCCCUCAGCGUGCUCAAGACAAAGGAGAUGAUUGUGGACUACAGGGAAAAAAAGAGGACUGAGCACGCCCCCGUUCUCAUCGACGGGGCUGAAGUGGAACAGGUUGAGAGCUUCAAGUUCCUUGGUGUCCACAUCACCAACAAACAAACCAAGACAGUCGUGAAAUGGGCACGACAAAGCCUAUUCUCCCUCAGGAGACUGAAAAGAUUUGGCAUGGAUCCUCAGAUCCUCAAAGUUCUACAGCUGCACCGUCUAGAGCAUCCUGACUGGUUGCAUCACCGCCUGGUAUGGCAACUGCUCGGCCUCCGACCGCAAGGCACUACAGAGGGUAGUGCGUACGGCCCAGUACAUCACUGGGGCCAAGCUUCCUGCCAUCCAGAACCUCUAUGCUAGGCGGUGUCAGAGGUAGGCCCUAAAAAUUAUCAAAGACUCCAGCCACCCUAGUCAUAGACUGUUCUCUCUGCUACCGCACGGCAAGCGGUACCGAAGCGCCAAGUCUAGGUCCAAAAGGCUUCUUAACAGCUUCUACCCCCAAGCCAUAAGAGUCCUGAACAGUUAAUCAUGGCUACCCGGACUAUUUGCACUGCCCCCCCCACCCCACCCCCCUCUUUUACGCUGCUGCUACUCUGUUUAUUAUUUAUGCAUAGUCACGUUAACUCUACCCACAUGUACAUAUUACCUCAAUUACCUCGACUAACCGGUGCCCCCGCACAGUGACUCUGUACCGGUGCCCCCUGUAUAUAACCUCCCUACUGUUAUUUUAUUUUACUGCUGCUCUGUAAUUAUUUGCUAUUUUAAUUUUUUUCUUAAACUGCAUUGUUGGUUAUGGGCUUGUAAGUAAGCAUUUCACUGUAAUGUCUACACCUGUUGUAUUCGGCGCAUGUGGCAAAUAAGAUUUGAUUUGAAGUGCUCCACAGAACCACCAGACCAAAGAGAAAGCAUAGAGCAAUCUAGCUACCUUUGAUCUGGAGGAAAAACUGGAAUUCUAAGGCAAUGCUCUGAAUAAUCUGAGCUGUCUGACAACGAGCGUCCUGAGAGAGGUCUUUAUUCUUUUAUACACUAUGGAUUUUAGUUUUCUGUUCACUGCCUCAGUGUUUGCUCUUCCCUGCGUCCCUAAGGUAGACCUUCUAUGUCUUUACAAUACUAUUCUCAGUGGUAGAGAAAUAUGAUUUGUCCUGCUCUCCCAGUGGUGUCAUAAUGACCCUUCUUCUGGUUGAAAUGGUGUCAUAAUGACCCUUCUUCUGGUUGCGACGACGCCAGUUGAAAUGGCUUUGCCCGCUGGCUGGGUGAAGUCUAGUUGUGGGUUCAUGUCCUAACUACUGCUUGCCACUGCAAGUCUUAAUUGCUCUUCAGAGGGUUCCAGUCCAGUCUGUGGUCUGUCAGCCUGGAGAGCACAGUGCCCCACUGGAGUCAGAGGCCCAGUGUAAUGUCUCUCUCACACACACACACACACACACACACACACACACACACACACACACACACACACACACACACUCCACCACGUUGUCCUCCUCAAAGACUAAUUAACUAGAGCAGUAAUUCAUAUAGCCAUCCCUAUGGGUCCCGUGGAGCUCAGUUGGUAGAGCAUGGCGCUUGCAACGCCAGGGUUGUGGGCUUGUUUCCCACGGGGGGCCAGUAUGAAAAAAUAAAAUAAUGUAUGCAUUCACUAACUGUAAGUCGCUCUGGAUAAGAGCGUCUGCUAAAUGACUAAAAUGUAAAAAUGUGAAGACAUUAAUGAAUUCAGCUGCACCCCAGUGCUCUUAGAGACAUAUAGUAGCUAGAGAUGUGGGCUGGUCUUUUAGGAGUCGCCUCUAGACACUGAUCCAAGGUCAACCCUUAUGGUGAAUGUUAGGAAUUGAGGGGAGGGUAAGCUGAUUUCAGACCUGUCUUUGACCCACCUGAGAAGUAAUAGCAUUCAAGAGUUGUGUAUGUGGUUAACUUGAACAUGGACUCGGGCAUGUCCGGUAACGGGAGUUAGAUCUUUGAAAAUACCUAAGAAUUCAUGUGAUGUACUUUGUCCGUUAACAGUGUAAUUGAAUGGUUGUUGUGGAGAAUACAAAUCUCAUAAUACUAAAUUCACUCCCAGCCUCCGAGUCUUAUUUGGGCCAGUCAAAGUGGCCAAGCCACAAUGUUCUCUAGUCGUCGAUAGCAGGACACUGUCCGGUCAACUCAAAUCCUCACCAUGGACAAUUAACAAAAGCCCCGGACUCUUGACCGUAAUUAGUUUGCCAGAGCGGAGAUGUGAAAAUAAUUUGCCACUCUCGUCUUGGAGCAGUGUGCGCAGUGACCACAUUUGAAGUUCCCAGUGGGGAACACUUGGCAGCCCAUGAGCCACACACACACAUAUACACACACACACACACACACAGGAUGUGGGGCUGAGAGGCCUGACCCAGCUGUCCUCUUGCUCGCUCGCCUGACCAAAGACAACUGGAGUGGAAGCGAACUUUUGUUUCUUCCUUUUUCAUUUUCUUUUUAAACGUACCAAAGCUUCUGCUGCUUUGUUAGCAGUCCGAUACUGUAGAGAUUGUCAGUCACUCAUCUCACUUCCAUGCUAACAGAUCCUCAUCAGCAACCACUAUCCCAGCGAUCUACCCUCAUGUGAGAUACUAGCCCUCUCUGACCAAUCUCCCUUUAAUAUCUUUGGAUAACCAACCAGUCAAUGUAAUUUUUUCAUUGUCUGCACAUUAACAGAAUAUGCUAACAGAGCAUGUUAACAGAACACGGUUGACUGUACAGUAUUCUGCAACAUGAUUUUCUCUCAACAGUCACAUACCCGAGGCUGAGGAUGGUAGUUUUGCUGAGGAUGACUGGUAAGAUUUCUGUGGUGGUGUUCAGUGUGCAGUGCUCUCUUCUCGCUUCUGUGAUGUAUAGUGUUGCAUUGUGGGUGCAGUACUUUGGAAAGAAAUCACUGUGCAUCCGUUUUUUUGCUGUGUUUUGUUACUGACUUGGGGCAUUGUGCUGUACGGUACCAAGAUAGUAUUUUCUGCAGGCGUUAGAGAACAAAAAAACAGAAUCUGCAUCGAAAUGAGUUACCAGUGAAAGGAUUAUGGAUUCACAGCUACUGUAUAGUGUUAUAGCUUACAAUAGAUGUCUGGAAAUGCGACACAGUGCAGUCUACUUUGUCUGCUUGGCAUGUUGUGAAGCAUUUCUCUACUUAUUAUACUGUGUUGAAGCUGACAAUAUGGCAGCACAAACUCCUUUCCCUCCAUUAGCAUCAAUCUAGCUGUUGAGACCCAGGCACACUCCUGUGAUCCAUCUGCUGCAGUGUGUUGUAAUCCACAGCAUGGAUGUGUCUCAUCCAUUUUGCAUGGGAGAUGUUGGCCUUUUGGUUGAUGCCAAUUAUGCCAAAUGUGGUGCCUCGCAGGCUGCUGGGGAGACAGACGUGGCUGUCGCCAGUUUCCCACCUUGUGUGAAAGCAUGCCUAUUUAUUUUACUGUCUUUCUGUCUGUGAAGCAAACAGAUUGAAUUUAGCACUUUAAUAUGAGGUAACGAAGCGAACAUAUGGACAGAUACCGGCACAAAACAGAGGCAGAUAUUUAUUAAAAGUACUUUAUCAUCUUCGCCAUAGUCAUGAAUAAUAGAUACUACCAGACUGCAAGAAUUGUUCUCCCUCCCUCCUGAAAUUAUAUCUGCUCACUGAUAAACUGUAUCAAAAAUAUAAACACUUCUCUUGCCAGGCUGCUCAGUGUGAAAUCUCAUUGGCUUGUUCUAUUCCUUAGGGCUCCUCUCAAAUAUACUACCUCAAACUCACUUAGGCCUACGUCAUGAACAUCAAGUAUCCCACUUGUAAUACCUCUGCCAUCCUAAAAGCUAUCCCAGUCCUGGUGGGUCGGGUGCUGCUUCCAUUGUUUUUAUUUUAUUAUUAGAGUCGGUGCGCUCUCUGAAAAAGCUGAAACCCAAAUAGUUGAUGAGGUGCAGACCAACGGAUAAUAAAGAAAGCCUGUGUUAAUCCCAGUCGUUCCUUGGGAGUAAAAUUUGGCCAGACACAGAUUGUGGGUCUUGAUAUGUAAUUUAUAUGGUGGUGCCUAGAGUGUACAACAUGGAAAGGUGAGAUGGGGAGCCUCUUUGGAGAAGAAUGAAAUGAAACCCCAGCCUGCCUGCUACCCUUCUUCCAUCUCUAGACCAUCUGUGGUAUGAGCAUUACAGACACAUUCCUUACUGUCUUUGUGGGAAACCAUACAAUUUGGCACUCUUUUUCAUGGUCCUUAGAGUGAAAUCCAUUCCGGCCCGAGAAACUGUUAACACACAUCGGCCAUUUUGGGUAUUGACCCAUCCGUUGCUUCUAGGUGACAGAAACUGAAUGUGCUUUAACAGAGCUGUUGUUGAGUUAGUAAGGAGGCCAAAGAUACCGAAUGUGAACAACCAGGGCUCUUGUUCCCAUAGUGACGUGAUGGAUCGCUGCUGGGCUGGAGUAGGUCAUCAAUAACAGACCAUCCUUCACCGAUCAGCUUUAGCCUCAGAAAUCUCAAGCCGGUGGACUCGGGCGGCGAUGAUGCCAUUGCUUUGUCCAUCCAUGCAAAGGGCUUACAAAGGCUCCAUUUCUAUAUACUGUAGGUGGUUAGAGUAAAGCAGGGGUAGGCAUCUACAUUCAGCCGUGGGACGAUUUUUGUUGAAGUGGAUUGUCGGGGGGGUGGAACAGAAUUAUAAUAAUUUGUACACUGCGCAAAUUGACCACAACUAAGCCCAAAAAUAGAUUUGUAUUUGAAAAUAACAAUAAUUUCAUAACUUGAUUACAUUGAGAUACGAUCACUUCCCUUUUUAUUUUUUUAUUUGUGGGAAUAACUGGUCAACAGAUUUCCUAAAUCACACAUUUGUUGCCGACCCCUGGAGUAGGGCUCUGGCCUGACACAACAAUCGGUGUGGAUUCUAUUAAAAUUAGAAGCUACUGUUGCUGUCCUGGCCUAAGUGUGGUGGCUGCUAUAGGUCUUGCCUAUUUAUAGGUAAUUGUGUUUUAACUUGGUUUAUAGAUGCCCAUGUCUUCUCUUGAGACAAGGCAGGUGAAGGCAUGAAAUAUUCCAAGAAAGACACUCAAUGAGAGGAUCACCUACUCAAUACAAUAGAAGCCAUCAAGCGAGGAGCGUUCUGUCCCUCCUGUGUGUCUCUGUAUCCCUCUUACGCAGGCGGGUGGAGAAAGGAACAGGAUAA